AGUUCUGGUGGUGAUGAACUUGGGCCAAACUAACUCAGCUGGUCUGUAUUAUCCUGUUGCCAGUAUCCUAAAGACCAGCUGAGAAGCCUUGUGACAGGUCAGGCUGACAUCUGAAUGUUGUAAAGGAGAAAAGUACAGCCAGAGUCAUCUACAUCAGACCUCAACGUGGCACUGCGUGAAUGUAUGGCAGCUCUGGACUUAUUUCUUAACAACAAGUUCUCAGAUGCUUUGGCUUCUCUACAAGCAAAAACUAAAGACAGCAUGUAUCAUGCCCUGACUUAUGCCACCAUAUUGGAGAUGCAAGCUAUGAUGACAUUUGAUCCUCAGGACAUACUGAAUGCAGGGAACACAAUGAAGGAAGCUCAAGCCACCUGUCAAAGAUUUAGGAAGAAAUCUACUGUAGCUGAUUCUAUCAACAACCUUGUGCAUAGGCAAAGCCUUGAACACUUCACUGAAGAGGAAAUCCAUGCAGAAAUUUGUUAUGCUGAAUGUUUACUUCAGAGAGCAGCACUCACGUUCCUCCAGGAUGAGAAUAUGGUCAGCUUCAUAAAAGGAGGCAUCAAAGUCCGAAACAGUUACCAAACCUACAGGGAGCUGGACAGUCUCAUACAGUCCCCACAUUAUGUCAAAGGAGAGAACCAUCUUCAUUUUGAGGGAGGUGUGAAACUUGGAGUUGGAGCAUUUAACCUGACGUUGUCCAUGUUUCCUGCACGGAUUCUGAGAUUAUUGGAAUUUGUUGGAUUUUCUGGGAAUAAGGAACAUGGUCUGCUGCAGCUUCAAGAAGGAGCAUCAUCAUACAGCUUUAGGUCGGUGCUGUGUACCAUGCUGUUGCUUUGCUAUCAUACUUUCAUGACCUUUGUGUUAGGGACAGGAAAAGGAAAUAUUGAGGAGGCAGAAAAACUACUUAAGCCUUACUUGGCACGCUAUCCAAAGGGAGCCAUAUUCCUGUUUUUUGCAGGCAGGAUAGAAACACUAAAGGGUAAUAUUGAUGCGGCAGUCAGUAGGUACGAGGAAUGCUGUGAAGCUCAGCAGUACUGGAAGCAGUUUCACCACAUGUGCUACUGGGAGCUGAUGUGGUGCUUCACCUACAAGCGCCAGUGGAAGAUGGCUUUUUUCUAUGCAGACCUGCUGAGCAAGGAAAACACUUGGUCAAAGGCUACUUACAUUUACAUGAAAGCUGCUUAUCUCAGUAUGUUUGGACCAGAUGACUGCAGUCCUUUUGGAGACAGCGAAGUUGAAUUAUUUAGGAUUGUUCCCAGUCUGAAACUGAAAAUUGCAGGGAAGUCUUUGCCCACAGAAAAGUUUGCAAUUCGGAAAGCACGACGGUAUCUUUCUUCAAACCCCAUUCCUUUACCUGUCCCACCUUUGGAAAUGAUGUAUAUCUGGAAUGGCUAUGCUGUAAUUGGAAAAUGUCCCAACUUAACAGAAGGCAUGUUAGAGACUUUAAAUGAAGCAGAAGAAGCACUGGCAAGAAGUUCAGCUACAGAACUACUGGCAGAUGACCGGUGUGUGAUAAAGCUGUUAAAGGGAUUGUGCUUCAAGCAUCUGGGCAAGAUCUCAGAAGCAGAAGACCAUUUUAAUUACAUCUAUUUAAAUGAGAAGAAGAUAAAAUAUGACCAUUAUCUAAUUCCAAAUGCCUUGCUGGAGCUGGCAAUACUGUAUCUGGACCAGGAUAGGAGAGAAGAAGCAAUAAAACUUCUGGAAAAAGCAAAACAAAACUACAAGAAUUACUCCAUGGAAACAAGGACACAUUUCAGAAUUCAAGCUGCCCUGCACCAAGCCAAAUCCGCCCCAGAAAAUGGAAUGCACUGUGGAGCCUCAGCAGUGUCGUAACAUUUUCUUCUUUGAUGUUCUGUUUGUUGCAAACUUUGUGCAGAAAAUUACUGACACUUUAGAAUUAUUUUUCCUUCUCUUUCAAGUCAGUGAAAAAAACCAAAUAACUUAAAAUUUCAAAGGUGAUGCAUAAAACAUUUGUCUAGUGUAAUAACAUGGCAAAAAAUCUCUCAAACCAACCAUAACCCUGAAAAAUAUUGUUUUUCCAACCGUGGCUUUUUGAAUACUUACAUCUGUGUAAUUCA